AUCAUGUUCACAAACCGGAGACUGGACUCGGCUCUCCCUCCCUCGCAAUGGAUCAGAGGAUAGCAGCUGCGUUGCAAGGCUACAUAAACAGAGCACCUCCAAGACGCCUUGAGAAGCAAGCACACCAAGCCAUAGCCAUUCGAGCAGCGACGAAAACGGAACAAGGAACUAACCGUGCAUUGCUAGCAGCUGGACUUGGAGUUGAUCCUUCCACCAUCGCCAUGGACGGCAACAAGACCCGUGAUCCGCUGCUUGCGACCGUGGCCACCAAGACCAUCCCGGCUGCCGUCCGGCGGGCCAGCGGAUGGGCGCUCUUCACCGCCUGCGGCACCCUCGCGUCCUUCGCCUUGGGCCACGCGGUCACCUACGCACUCGGCCAGCAUGUUGGUCUGGGCGCAGUCCUCCUUCUUCCUGCGGUGCGCCCAGUGGACGGACGCGGAGGCCGACGAGGAGAGCGCGCUCUGGUUCGGGAUGCUCUGCUGCGCCCUACUCCAGGCUCCCGUGCCGCCGCCGCUGGGUCCGCCGCGCCCUCGCCUACCUCGCGCUCGUGGUCACCUUCCUCGGCCACUGCAUGUACGCCGUCCACGUCCGCCUCAUCCUGGCCGCCGACCCAGGAUACGUCUUCGCCAGGAUCUUGUGCACGGCGGACCUCAUCAUUUUCGCGGGGGGUGACCUCCUCUGCUUCCUGGGCCUCCUCCUCGGAGGUGGCAACUGAUGAGCAGGGCAAAGCAGAAUCAGCCGAUCGAUAAGUUCAGCUAGCUGCAGCCGAUCAUGUCCAUGGAUCAGUUCGUUCAUGAGGUACUGUACUGAGGAAGUGAUGAGUACCUAGCUAGUUCUAUGGAAUACUAAUAAAGUAGAGUAUGAAUUAUAUACUAUAACUAUUGAUCGAUGAAGUGCGGUAUGUCUGAAUAUGAUCGACUAUACUAGUUAGCGUGGACUGUGGUCGUCUUUGAUGUAUUGAACGUUUCCCUGCAGUGUACUUAUCAGACAUGAGUUAUAUGAUCCAGUUUCAGUAUAAUUGAUGUUGGUGAA